AAGCAUUUGCUCAGCAUUUCAUAUUUUCUGUUUAUUCUCUUAUAGCAAAUGGAACCGGGGGAGAGGGGGAGACUAAUGCACACCUAGCAUCCCUGCAAGCCACAUGGUGACUUAGUUUUAAAAUGUAAUAUUAUCUGUGUUUUGUUUUACUCUUAAUGAUUUUGUGCAACAUUCCUCAAUUGCAUUUUAAUCUAGUUUGGGCUGCCCUUGGAAGUAUGUUUGACGCCCACCCCCACCCUAUUCAUUCUGACAAAGCAUAACGCCCAUGAGUGGCAAGAGCCCGCGGAAGUUUGAUUGGCAGCUCCUCUGAGUUUGCACAUGAGCUCAUCUUCUGUCCUUUUUAAUAAACAUUCAAGAAAGUUCUUAUGGGCACGGAAGCUACCGGAAUGCGGCUCUGCGAGCGUGCGCUACACUCACGAGGACCAGGGACUGCUCUCGUUCUCCCUACUGCUGGAUUUCGGUCACGCUCAUGAAAGACUAGAAGAUUCUAAACUUGAAGCCGUCAGUGAUAAUAACUUGGAACUAGUGAAUGAGAUUCUUGAAGACAUCAGCCCUUUAAUAAAUGUAGAUGAAAACGUUGCUGAGCUGGUCAGCAUUCUCAAGGAGCCUCACUUUCAGUCACUUUUGGAGGCCCAUGAUAUCGUGGCAUCCAAGUGUUAUGACUCACCUCCAUCUAGCCCAGAAAUUAAUCAUUCCUCUGUGAACAACCAGCUGCUGCCGGUAGAUGCCAUUCGUAUCCUGGGUAUCCACAAGAAAGCAGGAGAGCCCCUGGGUGUGACGUUCCGGGUUGAAAAUAACGACCUGGUCAUUGCCCGAAUCCUUCAUGGGGGAAUGAUCGAUCGACAGGGUCUUCUUCACGUGGGGGACGUCAUUAAGGAGGUCAAUGGUCACGAGGUCGGGAACAACCCCAAGGAGCUCCAGGAGCUGCUGAGAAGCAUCAGCGGCAGCGUCACGCUGAAAAUCCUGCCCAGCUACAGGGACGCUGUCGCCCCUCAGCAGGUGUUUGUAAAGUGUCAUUUUGAUUACGAUCCCUACAAUGACAACCUGAUUCCCUGCAAAGAGGCAGGUCUGAAAUUUUCAAAGGGAGAAAUUCUUCAGAUUGUCAACCGUGAAGACCCAAAUUGGUGGCAGGCUAACCACGUAAAGGAGGGAGGAAGUGCAGGCCUCAUCCCCAGCCAGUUCCUGGAAGAGAAGAGGAAGGCGUUUGUGAGAAGAGACUGGGACAGCCCAGGGCCUUUUUGCGGAACUAUAAGCAGCAAAAAAAAGAAAAAAAUGAUGUAUCUCACCACCCGAAAUGCAGAAUUUGACCGACACGAAAUCCAGAUCUAUGAGGAAGUAGCAAAAAUGCCUCCCUUCCAGAGAAAGACGUUGGUGUUGAUAGGGGCUCAGGGUGUUGGCCGAAGAAGCUUGAAGAACAGAUUCAUCGUGCUGAACCCCACGAGGUUUGGGACCACGGUACCGUUUACCUCACGGAAGCCAAGGGAGGAUGAGAAGGAUGGCCAGGCCUACAAAUUUGUGUCUCGGGCUGAGAUGGAGGCAGACAUUAAAGCUGGGAGGUACUUGGAGCAUGGUGAAUAUGAAGGGAACCUCUAUGGCACCAGGAUAGACUCCAUCUUGGAGGUGGCCCAGACUGGGAGGACGUGCAUCCUGGAUGUGAACCCACAGGCUCUGAAAGUAUUAAGGACAUCUGAGUUCAUGCCCUACGUCGUGUUCAUCGCUGCUCCUGAGUUAGAGACCCUGCGUGCCAUGCACAAGGCCGUGGUGGAUGCUGGGAUCACCACCAAGCUCCUGACGGACACGAACCUGAAAAAAACGGUGGAUGAAAGCGCGCGCAUCCAGAGAGCCUACAACCACUACUUUGAUUUGGUCAUUAUAAAUGACAACCUGGACAAGGCCUUUGAGAAGCUGCAGGCCGCCAUUGAGAGACUGCGGGUGGAGCCGCAGUGGGUCCCCAUCAGCUGGGUGUACUGACAGGGCAGAGGCGCUGAAGGGACAACUGAGCCUUUCUAAGUAAACAUUCACCUAAGAAAACGUGUGCGAAGCUAGCCGGCACCUGCUGAGGCGAGGCGCUUUUACUCUGUAGACUGAAGUACUAGUACAUGAAUCAGAAUUUUUAUAGAAGAUGUGCAAGGGGAAGUGGGCUUAAAUAUGUAAUUUAUCUUAAUUUUUCUACCUUUUUACAGAUAACCUUUCUAUUCAUAUCACAGAGAGAAAUGCGUUGAAGCAUUUUGUAUAUGUUUUGAUUUAGCAUUUUUGCCUUUUUCAUCCAAGUUUUCCAAUCACUCACUUCCACAGUGCAUUUGGGUCUCAUUUUCACUGUGAUAAUGGAUACUUGAAGCAGUUUUUGUAAACCCCUCAUUCUAGUUCUAUUGUCAGUUAUUCUUAUUAAGGGAAAGCACCAAUUAUGAUCUGUCAUCCUGAUUGAAUUUCUUAGGAGAGCGGAAUGCCAAUAACCAGUGUCAUAGCCAGCGUCCCUCUGUCCCCCCGGAUCUGCUUUCUGCUGUCCUGGAGAGGCAGGGCGGGUUGCCCGUUGUAUAGGUGGGGCCCCUCUGCUUCGAGGCCAGCCUUUUCCCAGCAUUCAUUGCGGUGAGAGGAGAUGCUGCUGCUCACCUGUAACCGGUACAGUGGGCCUAGCAACAAGAGGUGUCCCCCAAGGGAGAGAGCCUCAGGAUUCAGGAAACGGAAGCUUAGGGCAAAGUAUUUAUUUUCACUAGUGAAAAUUUCACUGAUAAAGAAAAAAACUUAAUUUAUAAAGCUUUUUAUUAUGAUAUGGUCAGCAGUUAUAUUUGACAUCUGUAAAUUCCAGUGAUAUUUAAAGAUUCUCUUGAUUUUCCAUUUUGAGGUAUUUGUGAGUGAACCUUGUGUUUAUGAGAUGUGCUCUGAUGGGAUAUUUGUGCUGUGUUGUGUUGAGAACCAUAUCCAUUGAAUAGCUUGUGAAAGGUGAAAGGUAUUGCUAGAUGCUCUCAAUAGAUGUUCUUUAUGCAGCACGUUUCUGUUGUGAAACGUGCUUCAUGCUUAAUGAUGGGGGGCGAGUGUUUUUGCCUCCUUGGACUCAUUCACAUCAUAAUAUGCAAAUUUCUGCAUUCACAUUGGUAUGCAUAGAAAUCCUGCUGCAGACACUUGGAGAAGGAUGCGGGUAGCCAGCCAGGUGCUUUCCUGGGGCCUGUUGCUCUAUGAUUUGCGUAUUGCAGUAUCACUUCACAGGCAGGGGUAGGUGCCUGAAUCUCGCUGGGUUUGGUGGUCUGGGGGCUGGCGAGGCAACUCCUGAGGAUUGCUUCCCCCACGGCACCAGGAAGAAGAGGACUCUGGUCAGGACCUUGUAAGAAAAAUGGAGACUUCCAGUGAUGCCUUGGGUUUUCAAGGACUGAGAUGUGCAUGAUGGGACAGGGCACAGAUUGCUUGAAGUAAUUAUAUCAUUCAUUAAGACACUGCGCUAUCCAAGAGUUCAACCGCUGGGUAUUUUUUCAGAUCCUGUUGUUUUCUAGCCGUAACACAUGGAUCCCUUUCUUAGACUUAGGGUGGGUAUUUAGCAUCUCCCAGAAAAUAUUCUCUAAGAUAGUCACAGUGUUUAAUAAGUAUCUAUUUCCACCACUCUUGUCUUCUCACAACACAAGUUAGGGGGCCUGUGAUUUUAGGGUUUCUGUGUUUUGUAUUUUUAAGGUGGUGGUGCGGUUAAGCUCGAUCACUGCCUGAUGUAAAACGCAACAAAAGGGAGAUGGGAAUUUGUGCCCUGUCAGGGGUGCGUUGGCUUCCUAGGAAGGACGGCCCGGUGGGGCAGGAGCUGUCUCUGGGCAGCACCAGGACAGAGGCAACUCUGGACUCGUGGAUUGUUAGCUGACAUGCCUCCUCCUUCAUCCCGUCAUAAUGGGCUGCACCGAGUAUCUUUAGAAGGCUGUCUGUUAGGAGGGAUGGACUUCCCUUACUACUGGUGUAUGUGCCUGAAAUGGGCUUGGAGCACUUUCAUCUCCUUGGCCUCCUUCACUCUCAGUUAUCACAGUGUCCUAAUCAGGGAUGGACAACACUGAACAUGUGGCUUUUAGAGGCAGAAUGGCCACAAGGAUGGGGCUCGGCCACCUGGUGGGUGUCUGGGGACCUCACAGGGCCAAAGGGAAGCCCUGAAGGCCAGCCCACCUCUGCUCCUCAGCACCAUGUGACCUGGACCAAGUCCAUCUGUAAAAUGAGGCCCUUCCAGCUCCAAACCCUUGAUCCUAGGGUGUCUUUAGGGCAUUCCAGGGGCCUCCUUUCUGGGAAAAGGGAGCCAGUUUGUGGGUUUCCUUCCACUCCCUUUAGGAUUGCCAAACCACCUAGGGCCAUAUCUCACAGCAGAGUAGCUCCCAUAUGGCGGGGCCCCCCAGAGUCACCUGACGAGGAGUGUAGACCUUCUGCACUGAAGUGUUGGAGGUUUCUCCAGGGGUUCUUGGAGGUAGGGACACCUGUGUUAUAUACCUUUUGGAGUAAAGCCAGGAGGUAUAGGGCGCCUUGAUGAUAAGGGAAUGGUUUGAAGUGAUUCCAGAUGCUGUGUGUGGAGGAUGUUCUGCCAUCCUGGUAAUGGGUUUGGAGGGCUGCUUGGGACCAGAUGCUGACUUAAUCUGGAAGGAGUCGUUGAGAUUGAAGGUCAUGUAUUAGAAAUUUCCCUUAAAUGAGGAGAGGUAGAAACGUUGACCAUCAUGUUUUUAUCAAGUGGGAAAUAGAAUUUGAACAGUCUUUUGAAACAUAUAAACAACCUUGAAGAUGAUUUUCCUUGGUGAAGAUGCCAUUGGCCCAUGGGAGGAGCUGUGUUUGGACCAAAAUACCUUUCCCUCUGGCAGCUAGUUCCAUUGGGACUUCAUUGUGGUGUGAUGUGGUCUACACUCAUGCUAAAUUUUGCUUACCCCUAAAAUAGAAAUGGUGUUGCCCAACGCAACAGGCGGUGCAGUGAUUGAUCCAGACCACACAAGAUGUUGCUUUUUAUGGCGGCUGGCUUGUCAAUCUGAAUUUUAUUUAAAACAGCAAACAAAUCUAGGCAUGAAGCAUUUCCUGAGGAGAGGCAAUAGCUCAGAUACCCCUGGGGGAAAUCAGGUUUACAGCCAGGUUGGUCUGUCUGGGCUGCUUUGAGGUUUCAUCAUGAGCUGUAGAAGACGUCCCCUUCCCAAAAGCUCAUGGUAACAUAGAGCUAAUUAUGUAUCAGCAUGUACCAUAUGCCAAAGGACUCUCUUCACUCAUUAGGCAGGACCACAGCUUCCAGGGAAGGAUCGAUGACCAUGGGCUCAUGCACACUUGUUAAUUCAUGAGGCUUUGCAGGUCAAAAGCCUUGUAAAUUGGCCAGCAAUAAUCCAUCAUGUCACCUGCUGUUUGACUCCUGACACCCCCAGUUUGAGGGUCUGGAUUCUUUUUCUUUACCCAAAACUUAACAUUGUUGUAUUUAAAUAUCUGUCAGGGGUUCUGAAAAUCAUUCUGUGCUAAUGAGGAGGAGGCAGUUCUGAAGCUUCUGUGUAAAGAGAUAACUGCUCGCUUUUUUCAGAUGUUGCCAUGUUUCGUAUACAUACUGUGUGUAUGUAUAUACACGCACAUAUGUAUCAUCAGACUGUAUAAAAUAACCAAAUUCUGUCUCAGAACUGAUGUCCCAUCAGGUGUGUCUUGCAUAAUAAAGCCGAACGUCUAAUCCCAUGGCUGGCGUUACAAUCCUUAAUUACGCCAGAGUUCUUGGCUUUGCUGGAUUCCUGUCUGUGGUUUCGAAGACUGUGGUACUGCCCACAUACAGGUACUCGUCUGACUUCUGAAGAGCAGGUGGGAAAGAAAUAACCCAGAAAGUAUCACUACCUGUAACUUUGAAUUUUUAAUCAGCAAGUAAGAAAAAAGUCUCAAGUUACUUUACUAGGAACUGGUCAUUUUAAUGUUGUGAUAAAAUGCCUUUGAAAGGAGAAAGGGCCAUUUUCUUUAAGGCAAUUGGAGUCAGACAGCUAGUAAGUGUCAAGUGUUUGGGCUGAGGCCGCACUUGAACUCGGGUCCUCCUGACUUCAGGACCAGUGCUGUAUCCACUGCGCCACCUAGCUGCCCCUAGAGCCAUGUUUUUAGAGCUGCUCUUCUGUUGGCCCAGGAGUUUAUGAAGAUUGUCAGAUUGACUGGCUCUCCUGGGCUGGAGGUGGGUGAAGACUUUUCUCUUUACUUGAUUUUCUGCCUGCAGUGGGUGUUGUGUAUGCACGUGUGCACACACACCCAUCUGCUUUUCUUCUUCUAAUCUUAUGUCUGGGUUGGAAAGGGUUUGGUCAUUGACCCUAAUCCAUCUCCUGGGUUCCCAGGGUGGGCUUUCUCCAGUUAGGGAGAUGAUGCCAGUGGCCACUGCAGCCUUAGCUGCCACUUCCCCCGCCCUCACCUCUGCCUUACUCUUGAUCGAGAAUGUUCCCUCUUCUGGAGCAGCUGUGAGAAGUCGGCCUGAGUCUGCUCUGACCGUUUGGAGCUCUAAUCCUGAAUUUUCUGUGACAAGACUGAAGUUUUUUGUCAAGUUGAGUGAGACUGUUUAAUUUCCUUCUCAGAAGAGAGUCAUGUGAUUCUUACCUCUGAAAUGAAAGAUCGUGAUUCAGAAAGCACUCCCUAGAUUUCAGGUUGGGGCAUGUGGAACCUGACCCCCGCGGCCCCCCCCCCCGGGCCCCCUUCCCCCCCUGUUCUGUCCUGGGGCCGAUGCAGUAAUUUUUCCUCCUAUCCUUUUGCUCUCCGAAAUGCAUCUUUGCAAGCCUGGGAAUUGGUGCCCAGCAUGUAGCAUUUGGACACCCCCAUGUUUAAUCCCAUUGCAGGCCUAGGAGAUGCUGAUCUAGCCCACAGUACAUAAUCCCUUCUGGAGCUAAAGCCUUACACCCAGAAAUAACGACUCCUCUGUCUCUGCGUUUGUUGUGAAUAACUCAGGGUUAGUCUGAGGAACAGACUCUUCUUUCCUCAUCCUGGAAUUCUUUCUCUGCGGCCACGGAGCAAAGCCCCAAGGUGCAUUCUAGAGAAAGCAGUUUAGCAUUCAAGGUCAGAUUAUAACAAAUGGAAGAUUAAUGUAAAAUUAGGUCAAAAUGCAGGCAACUAAUACUUUGCCCUUUUUUGUUGUUUUAAAAGAUUUAGACUAGUAGAUAUUUGGGGGGAGGGGGGGGCGGGUCACGAGAUGGGAGGGUAUUCUUGAAAUGUGCCCAGCACCUUGUGAUUAUGAUUCAUUUCCUUUCUCCUAAGGUCUGGGCUGGUUUCCUGAAUGUUUACCUCAUGGUGGCAGUGGCCACAUUCUUUAUACCUCUUCGGAGCUGCCAUCCCCCACCACUGGCUCUCCUGGCCCUAAGGUCCCUUUCCCUGCCUCCCUGCCUCCCAGUCUUUGCUAAAUGAAGACACCCACAGGUGACAUUAAAGGUGCUUAUGAAUAGCAGGAUGAAUGACUCAGGCUCAGCCAGGGUUGGUGAGGGUGGCGCAGAGCACAAGUCAGAGGGAACUAUUUUUAACAUGUGCAACAACUGUGGCGUUUCAGCCUGUGCUGCGGUCUGGAGGGUUCUCUGCCUUUGUAAGCCCCGCCCUGGCACCAUACCGUACAGUUGGUGCUGACUAAAUGCUGGGUGGUUGGCCAGUCAGAGCCACAUCAGAGAAGCUUCACACAAACUUUACAUUAGUUGCAGGUUUCCACCCUAACCACGUAAAAGAGGGAGCAAUAAUCAACUAGUUUUUUAGUUUCCCAAAUUAUACUAAGAUCAGUCACUAAUUGUUGCCACUUUAAAAUGCAUCCAUAUUUUUUUUAACAAAAAGAUGAGAAUUUAAACUAUAGGGGUGUAUUAGUCUUCUAAAUAGAAAAGUCCUGUUUAGUAAACAGAGGUUCACCGGGUCCAGGUGAGGAAUGGGGCAGGUUCAUAGGCUUCUGGAUUUAGGGCUGGAAGGGACCUUACAGGUCAUCUGGUCAGAAUCUCAUUAGACAAGAAACUGCCCCGAGUCCAGCAAGGGACCAAGUGGCAGAGUCAGUCCAAAAGACUUUUUUUUUUUAAUUAAAAAAAUUUUUUUGAUUAAAAUUUUUUUUCUCCAUGUAUUUUAAAUUGAAACUCUUCUCCCCCAAUGUUUCUGUAAGGUUGGCUGGAAAGAUGGAGCCUCCAGUUCUUUUUUUAAAGAGCUAGCACUCAAGACUUAGGGCAUUUUUGUUUUAAGGUUCAUUGAGGAUACUGGAAAAAGCUUUGGGAUUUUUCUUGACAUUUCUUUUCAUGUGUAGUUUUACAUUGGAAAUUAAAAUGCAUGUUCUUUAUAAUUGUCUUUUGCACAUAUGUGAAAGAGAACAGUUUAAAAAACUAAGGACAAAAAGCUCGACAGACCCAAGACCCACGUGUGAACAUGCUGCAAGAAUCUUGAGUUCCUGUGUUAAUAAAAUCAGCUGCUGCUCAUUUCCAAGCCAGCUCCCAUGGGAGGGACACCCAGAGACAAGCCAGCUGCUCUGCAACCAAGGGUUUUUCCAUUUUGCAAAGUCCCUUCCUCCUCUUUCACACAUUCCAUGUCUUGUUCACGUGUUGUCCAUAAUGCAAACUACAGAAAUGUACAAAGUCUAUGAGAUUUACCUAUUCCCAAUGAAAUAUUUUUGUAUAUAUAAAGAAAUAAAGACUUAUUAUUGGAA